UUCCAUUGGUUUGUGUCAGUGCGUUUCAGAGACUCCAACCGAUCGGACGGGUAUUUCAGCCAAUCUUGUUCAAUUUUCGUUUCUCUCUCUCUCCCAGUGUCGUCGUGUUAUUCAGUCCUACUUACGUGACCUUACGUGAUAGAUACCCCGGUUUUUAUCUAUUAUUUAUCGAAAAAAUACGACCGUUUGCUCUGCUUAUCUCUGGUUGUUUAUUUGUUUGUUUGAAACGUCUUCUGCCCCAUCUUCCCGCCCACCACAUCCCACCCUGAAAAAAUAAAAAAAACUUUCGCAACCCAACGAUUGCGAAACUCCCGCGUGACUGCGUGUAGACCGUCCCCUUUAAAAAAGUUAUCGGAUUUCGGCGCGUCUGAAAGGAUGGUGAUGCUUUAGGAGACUGCUCUCUGGUCAAAGCUGUCCACCCUGAUUCCUGCAUCCCUUUUAAUCCACACAGUUUUCGGGGGGAAAAAAAUGUCGAAACACUUUGGAGGAGGCCUUAGUGCCUCUCUAGUUUGCGCAACAGUGCUACUCCUAUGGGGGACAGCUCAUGCAAAUGACUGCAACAUUGGAUUUCUGUCUUCAGGAUGGAUAUCACCACCUGGAGAUCUUCACAUCGAAAAGGGUCAACCAUGGGAGAUGUUUUGUGUCCUGAAUACAUCGCAUCCCGAUGGUCAGGGUGGCUCCUAUAAGAAUCUCAGUUUCUACAUCGACAACAAACUUGCUGGAGAACCUACGGUGAAAAAGUACAACGAGACAGCCAUUCGUCUCUACGUUCCAGUAUCGCAAGUGUCAUCCAAUGGACCACCUCACGAUUUCUACGGCGUUACCUGCAAGCAAAACCACGUCACUGGUAUUUGCGUCCGCCACGUUUACGUUGGAUAUCCUCCCCAAGGAGUGAAGGAUUUCCAAUGCACCUCCUACAACUGGGAGCGACUCGAGUGCGUUUGGCUGGAGCCGUACAACCCCAUCGAAACUACUUACGCCCUUUCUUAUCAAGUGUCGUUGCGAUCGAGGCGGAUGAUGACCCCGUGCCCACAAUCGCGCCGCUUCUUAUCCAGGACGGUAUACGCCUCUGACCAACAGGGCUCGUGCGAAUGGGGCCCCACGACGUCGCCAGGCUACCAAUACUCUGCCAAAUCGUUUAAUUUUUCCAUGGCCCUAUUCAACGAAUUGGGUAACGUGACCCAGCACCUCGGAGUUGUAGACAAUUAUGGCAUCGUGAUCCCCAACCGGAUGGAGAACUUAAAUCAGACCGAGGCCACGACAACAUCGGCAAAAAUCACAUGGAAGGUGCCCUUCAAUCUACAACUUUUUCCACCCGGGUUGGAAUUCAAGAUUGCAUACCACAUACAGUCCAGCUGGGUAGACACAACGGUUUUCCACAUUGUUCCCGAAACAGAAUCGUUGGCCUGGUCGAACAAGACGACCAAGUACGAUCUAGCUUUUAAGCUGCCAUACUCCAAUACCCACUAUAAUCUGAGCAUAUGGGCGCGUUCAAGAGCCGCCAAUCAAAGUGACGAGCGAUUCUGGUCUCAACCGGCUAUGCUUAUCGUCAAAACAUCCGCUGACCGUCCAUGUAGCGGUCCCGACGCAUCACUCGGAAGCUUCGAGGUUAGCACCAAUUGGGACAUGCGGUCAGCAACGAUUCGCUGGUCACAGCUACCGGCCGAUUGCGAAAACGGGCCUGAAACAGGAUACGAAAUUACCAUGAUGGACAGUCAGAGAAACACUAUCGAAGCAAAAAAUGUCAGCUCUGUAGAUGUGACUCAAUCCGUUUUCAACAAUCUGAACAAAGACAAAGAUUACGCAUUCAUUUUACAAUCGUACAACAGUGUUGGCUAUUCGCCAAAUUCGUCCCUGGUUUUCUUACCCAUGUCUGCCAACAUGCCCACAGCGCCGGAGAACGUCAUGAAGAUUAUUUACAACGACACGUUUUUCGGGGUCCAAUGGAGUCCGUCGACGCCGAGCAAAGGUUUGAGCAUGGCGGCAUUCAGCCGUGCUCGAUCGGACGAUUCUCUGGUUUACCCGCGGACGUUGAGCAACUACACGGUGUAUUGGUGUCUGAGCGUGCGUGAGAGCCCCGUGCUGUGCGAGGGCCAACUUUACAUGCAAGACGUGCCCGCAACAGAAACAUCGCUCAAUGUCACUCUGCCAGACACGAAGAACUACCAAUUUGCCGUGUCGGCCAAUCAGGGCAGCUACAGCAGCGGCAUGGUCUGGUCUAGUUGCAUUGUCAUUGCCAACGGCAACGGAAGCCAAGUCAAGCAAGUGGAGGUUGUAGCUGCUACCUCGUCAUCCCUCGACGUUUCAUGGCUCCUGCAAUGCAAGGGCACCAACGGAAUCAUCACUGGAUUCAACCUCUACUACUGCCCCGUCGAAGAUGGUGACAUCUUUGCUGGUGAAGAACCAGACUGCCAGGGCAAUCCGAACUCUAUUAAAGUUCCCCCAACUGCCAACCGCUACGUAAUUGGCCAGCUCAAACCCUUCACCAUGUACAAGAUUGUCAUGUCUGUGGAGACGCAAUUUGGAGAAGGCCAGAGUAGCGACCCGGUUAUGAACAGGACAGCUGAAGGCAAACCGAGCGUGCCGCUGGAUUUGAACCUGAUCGAAGUGACCAAUCGCUCCAUGUCGAUCACAUGGCGCGCGCCUGUUUCUCCGAAUGGCGCUUCCACGUAUUAUCAAGUCUUUCGAAGUAAUGACACUAACGUAUGGACCACAACAGACAGUACCAGGGUAUCGCUGGAAGUCGAGGCCUAUACCGGUUAUGUUAUCUCGGUGCAGGCCUGCAACGAUCCCAAAUUGUGCUCCGAGUUAUCCGAGCCAAUGCCCGUCACGACCAAAAUUGGAGUGCCGAAUGCGCCUGGUCAACCUUCGAUCAAGAGUUCGAGUGACAAUUCGUCUUGUAUCGAAAUCAAGUGGCUACCUCCAACGAAACCGGCUGGCCCCACUUACCUGUCAGUUAUCAACAUCACUGGAGACGAAAGCGAACACAACAUCACCACCUAUGGUAGCGCGACGGAACGUUUGGUGGAAACAUCUAGCGUGUGUCAACCCGGUCUGGAAUUGAAAGUCCACGUGAAAACAGUCAAUCUAGCCGAAAAUGGCGAGCUGUUGGAAAGUCCCUGGAGCGUCGACGGAGUGUAUCAAUGCAAAUCAGAAGGACUAUCGAUUGCGCAGAUCGUGGGCAUCACUUUCGCUGCGGCCGUCGCCGUCCUUAUCGUCGUCGCCAUCUGCUUCGUCGUCCGCCGAGUGCAAGUGCAAAAGACGAAAGCCCGUGAAGCUGAAAUCGUUCUGCCGUGGGAGAAAACCGGCAGUUCGGAAAUACCGUCGGGCGAUAACGCCAAGCAGGUGGCCGGCCACACGAAAGACAUAGCCGGACUUGGAUUCAACACGUCGAAGGCCAACUACUACGGUCGGCUUGAUCCCAAAGUCAAUCGCAUCGCUAAUUCACCGCCCGUCACAGACAUAAAGAAAUUACAAACUUCCCCGGCAACCAACGCAACGGCCGAAACGGAUUGCAUAGCUGACAGGGAAAGCCGAAGUAGUGGACAUAGUUCGGGUCCAGAUUCGCUUUCGUGGCACCGUACCAGUCGCAGCGAACUCUCCAGCUCAGAUUCAGGAGCCGAGCUUGAAGCGCCGAAUUCUCCGAGUCCGGAUGUUUUCGUUAAUCCGCCGCUGGAUCCGUUCGCUAAACCGUUGGCGAUUGCUCGCAGUUCGCAGAACGUGACUGACGUAAACCUUCGCGGUGGAGAUAUGGAUGGCGUCCAAUAUUCUGCCGUUCAGCUGAGAGAAAGUCAACGCAAUGGAAGCAGUGCUCCGGAUUUGGCCCAGCAAUUGCCAAAUGCGUACGUCCGUGUCGGUUUGGCCCCCGUAGCUACUCUAGAAUCCGCGCAGAGCGUCGGGUAUGUGACACUAGGACCCAACCAGACACCCGAAAGUGCCGCUUCCAGCCCUAAUGCCAGCCCUAACCUAAGUGUUGGAAGCAACGAUUCUUUGAUCGUCAAAUCGGAAAGAGAUAUCCGGCCAGCGGUUAAGAUCGUUCCGCUCAAGAGGAAUAGCGGCGGAGGCAGUAGCGGUGGCUACGUCGAGGCCUGCAUCGUCGAACCUGCCAGCGACCUACGAGCGUCCUCAACGCCCGGAUAUGUCGCCUUUAAAAGUCAAGAGCCUGUAGAAUUGGAUCGACCGACCAUUUCAAGUCCGGCCAAUCCCAUACAGACCAACGGCUACGUUACUUUGGGAGCCAACAGUGCAGGCGCCGCUCCUUCCGCGACCUCGACCCAUUACGUUCAAAUGGGCUCACAAUCGAACCAUUCAUUGACUUAUGUUUAAAUAAAUAAUCCCUUCUUUUGUGUGUGUCAAGUUGUUUAAAAUUGAACUGUUUUUUGUUUUUUUAAUUAUUAAUAUUUGCAUGUAAACUUUUAAUUGUUUUUAAGCAGAAAAUAACGUGUCAUUUACCAUAUUUGAAAACAUGUAAAUAUUAAAGCAGGGCUAAAUCAUUUCAAAAGUUUUUAUAUCUUGUCACCUCGAGUAUAAAUUGAUGUGCUAUGUUAUUGUGCUACCGACAAUCAUGAUCAUUUUACGUGUAUCCACUGUACAGUAUAACUUGUAAAGAAGAAACACUGAUAUACAUAUUGUUCAUUGUCUUUAA